AUGGGCCACUUUCUCUCGCCGACCGGCGCUGCCUCUAGUCCUUCGCCGCCGCCCGAGGCCGCGGGCUGCGCGCGGGACUCUUUGCCCGAGCCGCACCUCUGCCCUCUGCCCUGCGGCUCCGAGACGCCCCGGGGAGGCUCCCCGAAGGACCCCGCGGGGGAGAAUGGGGACGGGAGGGAGCUGGUCGCGACGGACUCGCCCUCGCCGUUCCCGGAACUUGGCGGCAGGGAGAAGCGGGAGCCCCGCGAACCGGACUGCGAGGAGCCCCCCGAAAAUCCCGGCGAUUGCUGCCGGGAGCCGCCGCCUCCUUCCCCGGACAUAAAUCAGCUGCCCCCCUCCAUUCUUCUCAAGAUAUUUUCCAAUUUGUCAUUGAACGAGCGAUGUCUUUCAGCAUCAUUGGUUUGUAAAUACUGGCGUGACCUCUGUUUAGAUUUCCAGUUUUGGAAGCAAUUGGAUCUCAGUAGUCGUCAACAGGUCACUGAUGACUUACUGGAAAGAAUAGCAUCAAGAAGCCAGAAUAUAACUGAAAUCAAUAUUUCUGAUUGCCGUAAUGUAUCUGACACAGGCGUGUGUAUACUAGCAUCUAAAUGUCCUGGACUUUUAAGAUAUACAGCCUACAGGUGUAAACAGCUUUCUGACACAUCUAUAAUUGCAGUGGCCUCACAAUGUCCUCAGUUGCAGAAAGUACAUGUAGGAAACCAAGAUCGACUCACAGAUGAGGGACUCAAACAGCUGGGUUCAGAAUGCAGAGAACUGAAAGAUAUACAUUUCGGGCAGUGUUACAAGAUCUCUGAUGAAGGAAUGAUAAUUAUAGCUAAAGGAUGCCUGAAGUUACAGAGAAUAUAUAUGCAGGAAAACAAAUUAGUAACAGAUCAGUCUGUUAAAGCAUUUGCUGAACACUGUCCUGAGCUGCAAUAUGUUGGGUUUAUGGGCUGUUCUGUUACAUCUAAAGGAGUCAUACAUCUCACUAAUCUAAGAAACCUUUCCAGUUUGGAUCUACGCCAUAUCACAGAACUGGAUAAUGAAACAGUGAUGGAAAUAGUAAAGAGAUGCAAAAACCUAACUUCCCUCAAUCUGUGUCUGAACUGGAUUAUAAAUGACAGAUGUGUGGAGGUAAUUGCUAAAGAAGGACAGAACUUGAAAGAACUUUAUUUGGUGUCAUGUAAAAUCACAGACUAUGCACUGAUAGCCAUUGGGCAAUAUAGUAUGACAAUAGAGACUGUGGAUGUGGGGUGGUGCAAAGAAAUCACAGAUCAAGGAGCCACCCAAAUUGCUCAAAGUAGUAAGUCGCUCAGAUACUUGGGACUGAUGAGAUGUGAUAAGGUGAAUGAAAUAACUGUGGAACAACUAGUGCAGCAGCAUCCACACAUCACGUUCAGUACUGUGCUACAAGAUUGCAAGCGGACCUUGGAACGGGCAUACCAGAUGGGCUGGACACCCAAUAUGUCUACAGCCUCUUAAUUCAUAGCAAAACAUUAAAUAGGCAGCAAAGUUUCACUGAAUGUUUGAAAACUGUUAAGUUUUUUUAAUUAUCAAUGUUAUUGCUUUUUAUUAAAUCUAUGUUCAAUUUUAGUAUAAAGUUUUUAAUUUUGGAUACAUUCAUAUCUAUAUCUAUUAUAUAUAGAGUUUAAAAUAGUGGGAAUAUCUGUUCAGUUUAUUAAUUAAACCAUUGGAAGAGAAACCAGGUCAGAGACUUAAUUUUUCUGAAUGUUUCUAUGUCAACCUAAACAUCUGCAAGUGUCUAAGAUUUUGCAGGGAGCAUACUAGUUUUCUUGAUGUAAUAUAAUUGUAAGUUUACAUAAAAUAGAAACACUAUUUGGAUGUGUUUUUUUCCAACUGUAAAUGCGUUAUAGAAGAAACUUAUUAGAGAUUCAUUGUAAAUCCAAUGUUUAAAGGCCUUUGGCAAAUUUCUUGAAGUGAAUUCCUGCUAGUUCUGUGGAUAGCUUCAGUAAGUGAUACGCUAUGCCUUUUUCUUUCACAUUCUUUAUUUCUAUGUUUCUUUUUUCUUUUCUUUCUCUUUUGGAUUGGAAGUGGCAACUCCUUGCUUACACUCCACUUAAAUUAGUGGCUAACCUUCAUGCAUCUGAAUUGUAUAAGUUGAUGCUACCCAUAUCUGUGUUUUUGAGAUGCAGAGUAACAAUCCACAAACAACAUUUUGAAUACAUUUUGUCAGCAAAUCCUUAGCUUGGAUAGAAUCUUUAAUAAGUGCUGAGCAUGUUUUUAGUGCUGCCAAAGUGAGAAUUUUGCCAUGCAGUUCAGUCUGUUGUGAAUAGUUUUUGUGGGGCAGGGGUUUAAGAUGGGCUGCUUAAGUGGACAUUUGGUGCUGAUUAUGCCUUUCAUUAGAAUUCUACAUGUUUGCACCUUCUAGUUUUACAGUAUAUAGCUUCAAUUUCAUUUUAAUUUCUGAAAUUUUUAAUAAACAAAUCAAUGAAUGAUUGCAUGUGUAAAAAAAACAAAUUACUGGUUCAAAAACAACUGGAAACCAUGAUCUCCCACCAGAUGACUGAACUGCAGUAGGUCUCAGACUUGCGUCUUACCCUCUCAGCAGAAUUUGAAACCCUAAGAUUGGAAACAUUUACCUCCACUAUAAAACAACCACAGGUCCCUGUUACAUCUGAAUUUGUGGGACUGUGGUUAAACUUUGAUUAGACAUGCCAGAAUAACAAAGGUAGAUUGUCUUCUUGGUUUGUUCACUAACAAUAAUUUACAAAAACCACGUUCUCAAUAUUAGUGUAACAGAAGCUAUGGUUUGCACGAAGAAAUAAAUGUUUCUAAUCUCCCUCAGUGCCACAUGAACAGGCAAGCUCACUGAAGCUUACUGAGAGAGCCCAUGACUUACAUCCCAUCUGCCCUCUGCAUAGAUUUUCACACCCAGUUGCUUCCUACCAUAUUGUAUACAUAUGGUACAGAAUCUCCAUCCUAUGGGCAUAAUAUGAUUCCACUCUGUGCCCAGAUCUGGUGCAUGCUGCUUCCCCAGGUUGCUUACAUCUAUCCUGUGUCACAUCCACACACAUCCAAUAAGACAAGUUACUGACAAUGCCAUAGGAAGUUAUGGAAGUGAGAUAUCUAAAUUCUAGCCCAUAAUAGUUGCUGGAGGAGUUAAAUGUGGUGCUAUCUUAGGGAGUUGGUGACACAGGCCAUGGCCAUACCUAAUAUCUGUGUCACAGGAAGAGAUUAGUUCCCAACAACAACAGCUGUUUCUCCACCCCUGCUCUAGUCCACAUCACACGCUACUCCCUGCUUUUUUCAAAUGCAUGCUACAGUGUUCAGUUUUUUUAAAUCCUUACCCAUGCUAAAACUGCAUGUUGACACAGGGAAGAGCAUGUUCAAAUGCUUGCAUGCAAUUAAGGAUUUAAAGAUCAUAUCUGUGUUUAAAACUGUUAGUAUGAACUGAACUAUACACAUAAUAAUGCACCAGCUACCUCUAUUUGCUGAUGUUUUCAAGAGCCACAUUAGCAAUUGUUGCCUCACAAGUACAGCCAUGUGUGCACACUAAUCUUUAAGCAGUGAUGCAUGUGCAUUCAUGAUCUCACGGAGAAAAGUAAAUUGGCUAAGACUACUCUUCCACUGCAGUCUUGUAUUCUUCCUGGAAAAACAAGCCCAGUGAACUCAGUGAGGCUUCUAAAAGAGGUACAUAUAGAGGCAUGCUGUUGUUCUUCCAUCUUCACCCGAUAAUAAAGUAGAAAAAUAUUUUGAUAGUAAAAUUAAGGACCCACUAUUAAAGUCUGGCCAGUUCAGAGUGACACUAGAUUUUCCCCCCUCAUGAGAUAAUCCCUCUCUCAUGAUACAUUCAGAUCAAUGUAUUAUUUUAUACUAGGCUGCUUGCUCGGGGGUGGGGGGGAGAAUGCUUUCCCAUCCCUUUGAAUUAUACUAUAUAACUUUUAUAUUCAUAUGCCACCUGAAGAAAUCUACCUGAGUUUGGUUAAAAAAAUUUGUAAUCCAAAACAAAUUUAUAGAAUAUAUGCAAAAAAUAGAGAAAGAAUAUGUUAAUGAAAGGGUUAAUUUUAUAUGUGUUGAACUAUACUGUGAAGGGUCACAUUUCAGGACAGCUGACAAGCAGACACUGUGAACAGGUAGGGCAGUAAGUAACCUUUAGAAUGCAACAAUUUUAUAAAGGGUGUUUUGUUUUUUAGAUGUAACACUGCGUAUUUGUUUUUUAAAGGUUAAAGUGUUUUAAUCCAAAAUAUCAAAUGUUCAGACUUGACCUGAAGAGAUGCCAUUAUUGUCAAAAUGUUUGGCUAAUCUAGAAGACCUUAGGCAGCAUAACUUGGAAAACAGCAUUAGUGUGUUUGUAUAAACCACAUGUUCAAUCUCAAUAACAUCAACCGCUGAUAAUGACAGAAAGAGAUUCCUGUGUCAUUUUCUUGAAUGUUUGUUGAAUGUUUUCUUAUUAGUUAUUUCAGACUGAAUCUGUAAGUCUUUGGAGAAGAAAAUACAGUGGAUUUUGCUUGGCAUGUCAGAAAUAUAGAUGAAUCUAUGUAACCAGGAUUUUUUUAUCCCCUGGAAUAGUGGCAGUAUUUUCACAAAUAAAGACAAAGAAUGGAGAAGAAA